UUAGCGAAAUCUCGGAAUCGGCAACAAUAGGAUGGUAAUUAAGCGGUAAGCGUAAGAUGCUCCGACUCGAGCAGGAGCGUAGAAGUAAGGCAACGCGGUUCCUUCUAGUUGAAAAUGAGUUUAAUCUUUAAUUUUAAAUAAAAAAUUUGUUAAAUUAUAAAAGCUUAUUUAUAUACAUGUAUACAAAUUUUAUUUUUGUUUUCACUCCCAGCAAAUUUAUAAAUUUACUUUAUGAAAAUCUUAAUUUUAAUAUUUGCUCUCAAUGUUAUAUUUGAUGAAAUUUAUAUUAUUUAAUUUCAAAUAAAUUUAAAAUUUAUAAGGCAAAUGGUGAGUUUUUCCCCUUUCUUGUCUGAUGUCAGUACAAUUAUUUGAAUUUUUAUUAAAAGUAAUUUUAAGUAUUACUUAUUACUGUUUAUAAUUAUAAUAAAAUCUAAAAAUUAAAAUAUAAUUAUAAUAAUUAUUGCAAUAAAAAUAUUAUGUAUUAUAAGAUGAAGAAUUUCCAAGAAAAGAGUUUAAGGAUUUCGUAUUUCAAGUAGUUCGUACGGCCCUGAUUGCUGACGUCGAUUUCAGGAAAUCUCAUUACUGAGUUUAGCGAACGACCCACCAAACCUGCCGCUAAACUCAGGUCGCAGUGUAGAAAUAAAAUAGUCUAGAAUAAUAAGAUACUGUCGGAUUGUCUCAAGUAAACUCUAAGCGAAUUUUAUCAGGUUUUUCGCUCACGUUUUAGCACAUUCAUUACUAUUAUUAUUAAUUAUAAUGAUAAGAAUUAAUUAAUAUGCAUAUAUUAAUUACUAUAUUAUUAAAAUUCAAUUUAACAUAAUUCUUCCACAAAUUCCUGAAAUUCCUGAAUAUUCUAUACAUAUUAAAAAUUCAAAUAAUCAUGGUUGCAAAUUUCUAAAACUCCUAGAAACCUCUGGAGCAAGUAUUGAAAAAGUAAGUAAUGUAUAUAAAGCAAGAUGCUUAUUAUUGAAAGAUUUUAAAAAAAGCAACAAUGAAAAUGACAGAACAUCCUUUGCUAAAGAAAUUGAAUCUCCUAAAAUUUUAAAGAGUAUAGAUGUAUUUUCAAGUGUAGCAGAUAUGUGGGAUUUCAUUAUGAAAGGAGAACCAAGUGCAUUUAGAUUGAUUCAUUGCAAAUGUGGUUAUUCUUUAAUGCAGGAGGUUUCGUAUUUCUACUUAAAUCCUGAAAUAAUUGCAAAAGAUGGAUUUAAGAAUCUUCAGGAGGCCGUAAUUGACAAAUGGGAAAAUGCUUUAGCCUCAAAUUGUGAGUGUGGACAAAAACCAUUAGAAUCAUUGAAGCUUAAUGCACACAUUUUCAUUGACGGUGAUGUCAGGUCAUUGGACGGAAAAGAAACACCUCAAAUGUGCAAUGCUUUAGAGCUUCCAAACUAUAUUACACUGUAUGGUUUAAAAUUCAGGUUAACAGGCGUAGUAAUAUACGAUGAAUCGCUAAGUCAUUAUACAGCUCUUUGUACAACCAAAUAUAAAAACUGGGAGAUCUAUGAUGACUUGAACUCCAAAGUGACAGCUGUAAAUAAAAAACACAUUCAACCAGGAGGAAUUAUUUAUAUCCAAAUCCAAGGAUGACUCGAAAUGAGUAACAUUUCAAUUUUUUAUAAUACAUUACUUAUUUACUAGCUUUUAUAAUUUUGACCACCAAACCUCCAAAACUGACUACCAAACUCCACCAAACGAUAUCAAAAUGAAUUUUCAAAAAAUAUUAAUUUUUGUGCUGAUGUGAAGUUAGCACUCCAAAAAUAAUUAUUUACAAAAAAAUUCUUUUUGGUAGUAUUUAUUGCUUGUUUGGUGGUGUUUGGUAGUUCAUUUUUUAUUAGUAAUUAUUAAUUAAUUAUUAAAACAUACAUUUAAAAUCUUUCUCAAUCUACUGACUUUUAUUUGUAACAUCUUUUCCCCCAUUCCUUAAAAAUAAACUUAAUUAAAUUUAAAUCUUAGAACUUUUAAUUUGUUUUUUAAGGUAAGUAUUGUAGUCAAUAAUUUUUUUUAAAGUUUCUAUAUUUUUGAGACUUUUAUGACUUCUAGAUAAAAUUCUCAUGUUUUCUAAUGUAAAAUACUGAUUUCAUAAGAAAUUUACAUGUAAAAUUAAGAAAGUAACGAAAUAGUUAUAUUUAACAAUUUUAAUUUUCCUACCGUAACAUCUAGCGCAUUCAUCCUUACUCACCAUAAUUAAUUUUUUACAAAUUAGAAUUAUUUUUUGUAAAUUUUUGUUUUGCUUUUAUUUUAUUUAUCAAUUUUUAUUAUUUUAUUUUAUAUACAAUUUC